UUAAAAAAAAUGUUAAAAAAGUUUAACAGCACCUUAAACAUUACUUAUUAUGUAAUACAAAUCCAUAAUUUCAGUAGGUAAUUUAGUUUUACGUGUAACUUAGUUUCAACGUUUAAAUCGUACACAUAAUAUUAUGUAUGAUAUAAUUUUUUUUUUAAUGAGUGAUCUUUAAAGUGUGAGCUGAAUGUUUCUGAAAAAGAAUCAAAUUAAUUUGUCAGUUUUAUUUAAAAAUGUGUAUCAAAUACAUUUCUGCGGCUAUUCAAAUAAAGAAGUAAUCAGUAGAAUGAGAGUAUUAAAUGUUGCUGAAAAAAAUGAUGCUGCAAAAAACAUUGCUGGGCAUUUGUCUAGUGGCAAUCUUCAAAGAAGAGAAGGUUUUUCAAAAUUUAACAAAAUAUAUGAGUUUAACCAUACUUUUCAAGGAUCGCCAAGCACUAUGAUUAUGACAUCUGUUUCUGGUCAUUUACUUGGGUAUGAAUUCCAAGGCUCAUACCGUUCAUGGACAUCUUGUUCUCCUCUUGAAUUAUUUCAUAUUCCUGUUGUAAAAGAAUGUCCAAAAGACUUUCUUAAUAUUAAGAAAACAUUAGUUCGAGAAGUCCAAUCAUGUAAUGCAUUAGUGAUAUGGACUGAUUCUGAUCGAGAAGGAGAAAAUAUUGGAUUUGAAAUAAUUAAUGUGUGUAGAGAAGUUAAUCCAAGAAUUCAAGUUUAUAGAGCUACAUUAUCAGAAAUUACUAAACCGUCAGUACAAAGAGCUAUUAGUAAUCUUGGACCUCCAAAUAAAAAUAUUAGCGAUGCAGUUGAUGUGAGAAGUGAAUUAGAUUUAAGAAUUGGUGCAGCAUUUACUCGUUAUCAAACAAUGCGUUUACAAAAAGUGUUUCCUGAAGUAUUAGCUAAGAGUUUAAUAAGUUAUGGUAGUUGUCAAUUUCCAACAUUAGGAUUUGUGGUUGAACGGUAUAAAGAUAUUCAGAAUUUUAUUCCUGAAAAUUUUUGGAAAAUAAAAGUUCAUCACAAAAUUGAAAAUUUGGAUGUAGAAUUCUCAUGGCAACGAGUAAGGUUAUUUGAUGAAGUUCUUUGCAAUAUACUUUAUGAACGUUGCCAAGAAAAUCCAACUGCUUUGGUGUUGAAAGUAACUAAAAAGCCUAAAUCUAAAUGGCGACCAGUACCUUUAGAUACUAUUGAGUUGGAAAAAGCUGCUAGUCGUAAACUUGGAAUAAACGCUAAAGAAACUAUGAAAAUUGCUGAAAAACUGUAUAGUCAAGGUUUUAUUAGCUAUCCUAGAACUGAAACUAAUAUAUUUCCUAAAGAAUUAAACUUAUCAAAUUUAGUUCAAUUGCAAGUACAAGAUAAUAAUUGGGGUGAUUUUGCGCAAAAUAUUUUAAACAAUGGCCCUUCACCUCGACAAGGUAAAAAAUCUGAUCAGGCACAUCCUCCAAUACAUCCAACUAAAUACACAAAUGGACUUCAAGAUAGAGAACGUAAAGUUUAUGAAUAUGUUGUGAGACAUUUCUUAGCUUGUUUAUCCAAAGAUGCUGAGGGUGAAGAAACUAUUGUAAAUAUUGAAAUAAACGGAGAAAAGUUUUUAGCGAACGGACUUCGAAUUAUUGCAUUGAAUUACCUAGAAGUAUAUCCUUAUGAUAAAUGGUCAAAUAAACAGAUCCAUAAUUACAACCAAGGACAAUCAUUUAUGCCUACUAAAAUAGAAAUGAUUGAUGGACAAACUAGUCCUCCAAAUCUCCUUACAGAAGCUGAUCUAAUUUCUUUGAUGGAUAAACACGGCAUUGGUACUGAUGCUACGCAUGCCGAGCAUAUUGAAACUAUCAAGUCACGUUUAUAUGUUGGACUAGAAAAUAAUAAAUACUUUGUUCCUGGAGAACUUGGAAUUGGUCUAGUGGAAGGUUAUGAUAAUAUGGGUUUUGAGAUGUCGAAACCCCAUUUAAGAGCUGAACUUGAAGCAGAUUUAAAAAAAAUAUGUGAAGGUACCAAAUCACCUUCAGUGGUACUCAGAGAACAAAUAGCUAAAUAUAAAGAAGUAUUUAUUAAAACAACAGAACAAGUAGAAAAAUUAGAUCAAUCUUUAGGAAAAUAUUUAAGAACACAGCCUAUUGCUUUCCAAAAUAAUGGUCAACAUGAAUCAAUGACAAUAAAGAAUAUUCGCAAAUGCCCUGUUUGUAAACUAACUAAUCUGGUAUUAAAAAAAAAACAAAACAAUCAAGGAUUUUUUAUCACGUGUACUGGCUUUCCAACUUGUAGAAAUACAUAUUGGUUACCUCCUAGUGUAAUUGAAGCACAAGUCAGCGAGAAUGUUUGUUCCCAGUGUUCAGGAGAUAUAAAAUUAAUUAAAUUCCAAUUCACUGCUAGAAGUAUGCGACCUCAUUAUCCAGAUACUUACGAGGGUUGUAUAAAUGGGUGUGAUUCUACAUUGAGUGAGAUACUUCAAGUUAACAUGUCUCGUCCUUCAUCUUCUUCUUCUUCAAGCACCCAACCUUCUAGUAGAAAUAUUGUUACAACCAAUCAAAAUAGGGGUCCUAACCGUGACAAUAAUGUUCCUCGUCCAGCAAAUAAUAUUUCCAGGUUUGGGAGUUCUCAGAAUACUCAGCCUCUUAACAAUGAUCAAGUUUGCUGUCAAUGUGGAAAUGCUGCUAAGCUAUUAACAGUUACUAGAGAAACACCAAAUAAGGGACGUCAAUUUUAUGGUUGCUCAAAACCAAUUUCUGUAGCUGAUAGAUGUACUUUCUUUUUAUGGGCAGACGACCAACCUAGGCCUGCUGCCAAUCAUCCUAAUAUACAAUUUAACAAUAGAAAUAAUGGUCAAAAUAAUAAUGGACAAAUGAAUAAUUCAUAUAGAGCUAGAGCUGUAAACAAUCACUCUGGCGGACAAAGAAAAUGUGGACUUUGUAAGCAGACAGGUCAUACACGAAGAAACUGUCCACGGAAUUAAAAACAAAUAUUAAUGUCCGCUUGAAGUGAGUCCCAGGUUUUCGUUGAUACUGCGUUGUGUGUACA